CCAAGCUAAUUGUUUCUUUCGUUUUGCCCAAGAAAUAAAAAACCGCUCAUGUGACCUAACUCCCUCACCACGCACCUACUCUUCCUUUAUAUGACCCUCAAUUAGCAGCCACUCUCCUCACUAAAUUUCUCUGUUUAAGCUUAUCCCUCAAAUCUCCCCUCUUAAUUCAAAAUCUCCCCUCUGUUUCCCGGUACUAUCAACAACAAUGGCAUGCGAUAAGAAGAUUAAGAUCGGUAUCAACGGAUUUGGAAGGAUCGGUCGUUUGGUUGCUAGAGUUGCUCUUCAAAGAGAUGACGUGGAACUUGUUGCUGUUAAUGAUCCUUUUAUCACUACUGACUACAUGGUAACUAUUUAUUUAUUUUUUUGCUGCUGUUUUCGUUUUUCUAUUGUUGUUAAUGAUUUUUUUUUUUUUGGGGGGGGUCUGCAGACAUAUAUGUUCAAAUAUGAUACAGUUCACGGUCGCUGGAAGCAUAGUGAGCUCAAGGUUAAGGAUGAGAAGACCCUUCUCUUUGGUGAGAGGGCUGUCGCUGUUUUUGGCAUCAGGAACCCAGAGGAGAUCCCAUGGGCUCAAGCCGGUGCUGAGUUUGUCGUUGAGUCCACUGGAGUUUUCACAGACAAGGACAAGGCUGCUGCUCACUUGAAGGGUGGUGCCAAGAAGGUUGUUAUAUCCGCCCCAAGCAAAGAUGCACCUAUGUUUGUUGUGGGUGUAAAUGAGAAGCAGUACACUCCAGAUCUUGACAUUGUUUCCAAUGCUAGCUGCACUACCAACUGUCUUGCCCCCUUGGCCAAGGUUAUCCAUGACAGGUUUGGAAUUGUAGAGGGUCUUAUGACUACAGUUCACGCGAUUACUGCCACUCAGAAAACUGUUGAUGGUCCAUCAAUGAAGGACUGGAGAGGUGGAAGGGCUGCUUCCUUCAAUAUCAUUCCUAGCAGCACUGGGGCUGCCAAGGCUGUUGGAAAGGUUUUGCCAGCACUUAAUGGAAAAUUGACUGGAAUGUCCUUCCGUGUUCCUACUGUGGAUGUCUCUGUUGUUGACCUCACUGUCAGGCUUGAGAAGAAGGCAACAUACGAGGCUAUCAAAUCUGCUAUCAAGGAGGAGUCUGAGAAUAACCUCAAGGGUAUUCUGGGUUACGUUGAAGAGGAUAUGGUGUCUACUGACUUCAUUGGUGACAGCAGGUCAAGCAUAUUCGAUGCCAAGGCUGGAAUUGCUUUGAACGAUAACUUCGUCAAACUUGUCUCUUGGUAUGACAAUGAAUGGGGCUACAGUUCACGCGUGAUUGACUUGAUAGCUCACAUGGCCAAGACUCAAGCUUGAAGCUGAAGCAUGGAUGAUGAGUUGAAGCGCUUUUUUUGGGAUUUUGUGGUUUAUGAGCACAAGGUGUGAGAUGAUGUGCGAAGUUUGGAAUUUAAAAUAAACAAUUGACUCUGAUUUUUGUUUUGGACAUUAAGCUAGGGAUGUACUACAGUUUUAUCUGUUUAAAUACAAAAAAUCAGACGGUUUGUUUUCUUGUUUA